AUGGAAGAAAUAAUAGAUAUAGAAGUAUUAGUAAGUGAAAUACGUUAUGAAAAUAUGUUGGAAGGAUUAAGAAUUUAUAGACAUGAAGUAGAAAAAGAUGUUAAAUUAUCACGUAUACAUGAUGAAUAUAUUGAUAUUGAUGUGAAUCUUUAUCAUUUUAAAUAUGCUGAUGUUUUUUCUUAUAAUAAUUUAUUACUUAUUAAUGUUGUUACUAUACAAUUUGAUGAUUUUACACCUAAUUCUUCCAUUACGGUGCUUGCUCACACAGAUACUAAUAAUGACAGUACAGUUGUACCUGAUAUUAAUAGUACUACUAAUAAUCUAACUACUAGUACUACUACCAAUACUAGUCCUAUAGGACCAAGCAUCGUAACUAAUAAUACUAUUACUAAUACUACUGUAGUUGGUGGUAAAGGAGUUGGUAAAGGAGUUGGUGAGGGAACUGGUACUGUUAUUGCUGGUACAGUUGGACCAAGCACCGUUACGGGAGACCCCGUAACGGAAGAAUUAGGAGUAUAUGAAAUGAAUUAUUAUUUUUUUCUAGUAUAUAAUAAAAUGUAUCAAUAUAAACCAAAUAAUAAUGAAUGGAUACAUCCAGUCGAAUUAUUAUUACAAUUAACCAAACUAUAUUAUAAUUCACUAGAAAAUCAAAAUAACAAUAAUAAUAAUAAGGAUAGUAAGAAUAUUUGGAAUAAAAUUAAAAGAUUUUUUAAUAAAAUUAAUUUAUUUAAAUAUAAGAAAAUGGAAAAUUCUACGGAGCGAAAGGGAGCUACAAAUACUCCCGGAAAGGGAGCUAAUGACACUUUUAGUACUCCGGGAAAGGGAGCUAAUUUUACAGCUAUGGAGUGUACUAUGGGAAAGGGAGCUAAUUUUACAGCCAUGGAGUGUACUCCCGGAAAGGGAGCUAAUUUUAUGGGUAUGGAGUGUACUAUAGGAAAUAUGGGUACUGUUACAAAGGCUAAUGGUACUGCUGUUGGUGGACCAGACACCGUAACGGAGGAAAUAAAAUUAGUAAAAUUAUUUAUGAAUAAUAAAUUUAAAUAUGGAUUAAUAGGUUCAUUAAUACCAAUAAUAAUGAAUAUAAUGAAUAUAAUAAUGUUAUUUUUAAUAAUACCAUUAAUAAAUUUAACAAGAAAAUUAUCAAUAGAAUUAUAUAUGAAAUUACAAUUUGUAAUGUCAUUAAUAGGAAUAAUACCAAUAAUAAUAAUAAUAAUAAUAUGUUAUAUGAAAUAUUUUGAAAAUAUUUCACCACAAUAUCAAUUUGAAAAUAUUUAUAAAUAUAUUUUCAUAUCAUUUUUUCUCUUUUAUAUUAUUGGAAUUUUAUCAUACUUUUUAAUAAAAAAUAUACAAAUACAAUUAUUAUAUCAUAAUUCUUAUAUAAUUUUAAUGUUAAUAAUUAUGUUUUGUUGUUAUAAUAUAAAUAAUUCUAUUACAAUAAUUAGUGUCAUGUUUAUUAAAUCAAUAAAAUUUGAUGAAAUUACAAAUACAAGAUUAGAAAAUAAUAUUAAAACUAAUAUACAAAUCUUAUCAUUCAUGUUAAUAUUUUAUAAUCUAAUACGAUUUUCAUAUGUCUGGAUCUAUUUUAAUAAUAAUCUCUUUUAUAAAAUCUUCUUUUGGAUUAUUUAA